AUGAAAUUUAAAAAUACUUUAUCAAUUUUUAAGAUAUUAAUUAUUUUAUUUUCAUUUUAUAAUGUGGCAUUCUCAGAUGAUACUGAAAAAUAUACUUUUAAAGGUACAUUUGGUACAAGUGCUUUAACAAAUAGUAAAACCAAUUCAGUUAAAGGUUCUGCAGAUUUAAUAAUAGCAAGAGUUGAUGGUGGAUAUAAAUUUAGUUAUAGUAUUUCAUUGACUGGUAUUGAUGGUACUGACGUUUCACAAGUAAAAUUACUAGGUCCAUCUGCACCAAAUACUGAUGGUGGUCAAUUGAAAUUAACAUUGCCAUUUGAUUCUUCAACUGUUUUAACUUCAACCAAAUUUGUCGGAGGUGGUUCACAAGCUGUUGCACCCAAUUCACCAACAAGUUUUUAUAUUGGGCAAACUUUAAUUGAUAUUACAUCUGAAAAGUCAAAUUAUGCCAAUGAACAAUUUUACAUAACCGUUGCAACAUUUACCGAAGGAGCACAACAACCAGUUAGUCGUUCCCAAUUGCUUUAUACCGGUUCUUCAAAUACUCCAAACUCUGGUGGUGGUACAAAUCCAAAUGGUUCAAGUGAUGUUCCUCCAACUGUCGGUCCAAUCUCCUCAUCAGAUUCUACAAAUUCCAAUUCUAGCUCCACUGAUACAGCUUCAUCAUCACCAUCAUCAUCACCAUCUUCAUCACCCUCACCAAAUGAUUCCGAAGAAAGUGAUAAUGAUUCAUUACAAACCGAUUCUACUGUAUUGAAUCCAGGUGGUGUUGAAACUUCAACUGCAGGCAGUUCAACUGGUACUACUUCCUCAACAACUGGUUCAAAAGAUAGUUCUACCGGUAAUUCAAUCUUACCUACAUUAAUUAUUGUAACAUUCUUUGUUUUAACAUUAGUUAUUAUGUCCUAA